AGCAACAGCGACAGCGACAGCGACAGCACCGACAACAGUCAACAUUCAACCAUAACAUAACGCUGCCAGUCAGUAGUCAGUACAACAAACUGUCAACGGCCGCAUUCGAAAGCUACAGCCGGAGUCAAAGUCGGAAAUGGAGUCGUAGUCGAAGUCCGGAGUCCGGAGUCAGCAUAAGCAAACGCAAACGCAUAAUAAUAAUACAAACUAAAUACCGAAAUAAGCGAAAGAAGUCCACAAACAUACACACACACAUACACACACACACGGACAUACGCCACGCACACACACAAAAAUACACACACACAUGGAGGCACACUAAAAGAAAAGGCAGCAGGCAAAAGCACAUGAAAUUCAAUUAAACGUCAACACACAAAUGCAGAUGGUCCUUGGAUAGUGCAAAACUAAAAGCAAAUACACCCAACAAACAUAAUAAAUCUAAUGCAAAAAUAAAAAAUAAAAAUUACAAAAAAAACCAAAAACCAAAAAAAAAAAAAAAAAUAAAUAAAAAAUGACAAGCAGACAGAGAUAAAGAUUGCGAUUACACAUAAUUGCGAUUCGGUGAGCAGGCGCAUUCAAUCAAGCAACCAACCCACAAGCGAAGCAAUCGGGGCAAGCUGCACCUUUAAUACAACAAAAAACACAAAAUACAACAACAGCAACAACAACAAAAUCGAAAAAAAAAAAAUUAAAAAUGAAUAUAGUAAUAUUUUAGAGAGAUUUUUUGUCAUUUUUUUUUACUGUUUGCUCAAACAAUGACAAACAAAAAGUGUUCAUGUAGUUAAGUGUGCUAUAUAAAUCAGAGAUCUGAGAAAUCGAGCGGCAUGUCGAAAGUCGCUACUAAAUAACUUGCUACAUGCAAUAAGUCACAAAUUAAAAUAAUAAAAAAAAAAAUAAAUAAAUAAAUCUAAACAAUUAUUACAUCAGAUAAAUGGUAGUAGCAGUAAAAGCAGAAGCGGAAGCAGAGAAGAAAGAAAACUAAGUGAACUGCAACAAAUUGCUGCUAACGCAUAGGUCAAUUUCGCAUGAUAGUUAAUCGCAUCAGCUAUUCGCAUGUGGCCUUCACCGGCGGGCGAUUGUUAAAAAAAGAGAAGUUUUGAUGAAGUGAGAACAGCAAUUUUUUUUAUAUUGUGAUUGUGAAAACAAAGUUUUAUCGGUGAAUUUUUUGAAACUUAUACAAAGAAAAAUAAGUGAUUGUUAAUCAAGUGUUAGCUAUAAGUGAGGAAAGAGGACGGCGAGGAAGCAGAAGCAGAAGCAGAAGCAGUAGAAGAAGAUAAAGUAGUGGAAAAGCGGGACAGUGUCAGUGCAUUGUGGAGCGCGAAAUGAUGCCGCAAUCUCGACUUGAACUGCUCACUGACGUCAGCCCAGCUACAGCCACAGCCAGUCACGCCUGCCCGCCACUGCCAUACAACACAACCUCUGCCUCAGCCUCAGUCUCAGCCACAGUCUCAGUCUCAAUCUCAGCGUCAGUCACAACAUUAGCUUCAAUCUCAGCAUUAGCAUUGGCAUCAGCUUCAGCAUCUGCAUCAGCAUCAAAUUCAACAUCAGCCUUAGCGUCUGUCAUUAACAGCUGCGAAAUAUCAAGCUAAGGAACAAGACGAGCUAAGGAAUACAAUUAGAAGAAUUUAGAGCCAUUAACCUUAAGGGAUUUACGAAUUCCCUUUUUUUGAGCUUGAAAGCAAUUGCGACAAUCGUAUGUGAGUGAGAUUACCAGGUGUGCGUGUGUCUGUGUGUGUCUGUUUGCAUAUGCAAAUAAGCCAAUUAAUUAGCAUACCACAAGGCGUUUGAAGCAGAGAUUACCUUUGGUCUGGAGAGUACCAAGGCCAGACAACGCCCACGUCAGUGCAACCGCCGUCAUGUGUAUAACACUCGCUUCUUGGAUCAUCAUCAUAGCCCAGCUUUGUGUCUUGGUUCACUCCGCUGGCGAAGCUGAUUAUACACUCGAUGAUUCAUUUUGGAACGAAGAAAGUCCUGUUGGUGAAGUGGAACGCUUACUCAAAGAGUACAGACAAAAUCAGGAGCUUGUGCGUCGUAUCGGUGGACAUUAUUAUCAGAUUAUCUAUCCGGUACAGCUGCGUCAUCACGAAAAGAUGGGAAUCUCAACGCGUGAAGUCAGUCUCCCAAAGCCGGGACAACGACCACGCCCACAUGAUGACAGCGGAUUUAGCAGAGGUAGAACUAAGAAACAUUUUCAUCGCACGUCGCUUCUCAUCAAGGCAUUUAAUCACAAAUUUCGAUUGGAUUUGGAAUUAAACUCACAACUACUUUCGCCUAACAUACAACAAAAACAUUAUCACGUUGGUGGAUAUCUAGUGGAUGGAAACCGACAUGACAUCGAGCACUGUUACUACCACGGCACAGUUAAGGAUUAUCCGGGUGCCAGUGCCGCAUUUCACACCUGCAAUGGAGUCAGCGGGGUCAUACAUAUUGGCAACGAGACCUUUGUUAUUCAUCCCUUUUACGGUGGAGAUCUUUCGAAACAUCCGCAUGUCAUUUUUGAGGCGCGCACAAAGGCCAAUAAGGGAUGUGCAAACUCUGGCAAUUUGGACUCCUGGCGUCUGUCCCGCAGGACCAAGCACCUAUCGGCGGGCGUGGUCGAUGAAAUACACCCAAAUGGGGCGGGUCGCUACAAGCGUGACGUGCGCGAGGCCACAAAGUACAUCGAGACGGCCAUCAUUGUGGAUAAGGCCAUGUUUGAGAAGCGCAAUGGUAGCACGCGUGCCGAAGUGAUUCACGAUGCCAUACAGGUGGCCAAUAUUGCCGACCUGUAUUUUCGUACUCUUAACACUCGUGUCUCGGUGGUGUACAUUGAGACGUGGGGCAAGAACCAGGCGGCCAUUGACGGUAGCAAGGACAUCAGCAAGGCAAUAUCCAAUUUUAAUGAUUACACUUCAAGAAAUCUGUUUCAAAUCGAACGAGAUACCACACAACUGCUGACCGGGGAAACAUUUGCGGGGGGAGAGGCCGGCAUGGCUGUACCGGAGACCGUCUGCACACCUCGUGCCGUCGGCAUCAGUGUCGAUGUCAAUGUCUAUGAGCCGCAUCUUUUGGCGGGAACCAUGGCCCACAUGAUUGGACACAAUAUUGGCAUGGGCCAUGACGAUGGUCGUGAGGAAUGUUUCUGCCGAGAUUGGCACGGAUGCAUAAUGGCACAGUCAAUAGUCGGCCAGGAGAAUGUGCAACCAUACAAAUUUUCGGAAUGCAGCAAAAAGGAUUACAUUGACGCAUUGCGCACGGGUCACGGUCUUUGUUUGCUCAACAAGCCCAACGAGAUCGAGCUGCGCCGAAACUGCGGCAACAAAAUCAUUGAGGAGGACGAGGAAUGCGACUGUGGAACGUUCGAGGAGUGCGCAUUGGAUCCAUGCUGCGAUGGCAUCACAUGUAAGCUCAAGUCGGAGGCUCAGUGUGCCAGCGGUGCCUGCUGCGACCAAUGUCGACUGCGACCUAAGGACUACAUCUGCCGCGACUCUCAUAACGAGUGCGAUUUGCCCGAGUAUUGCGAUGGCGAGGUGGGCCAAUGCCCCGUUGAUAUCUACAAGAAAAACGGCUCGCCCUGUGGCCAAAGCAAAUUGAGUGUUUCGGGCUAUUGCUUUCAGGGCUAUUGCCCAACAUUGACGCUGCAAUGCGAGGCCAUUUGGGGAUACGGCGGAUUUGCGGCCGAUCGUCAAUGCUACGAGCAGUUCAACUCAAAGGGCUCCAUCAACGGUCACUGCGGUCGUGAUUCCAACGAUCAUUAUAUCAAAUGCGAACCUGAGAAUGUCCAAUGCGGUACGCUGCAGUGCAAGGAGGGGGAGAGGCAGCCAGUUAACGAUGGGAUCGACCAACUAUACUCUCGCACAAUUAUCUCCAUCAAGGGUCAGGAGUACGAAUGCAAGGCAACCAGCGGUCAAGUGGGCUCCAAUAGCUAUCCAGAGCAUGGCCUAGUCAAGGAUGGGACGCCUUGUGGCGAUAAUUUGAUAUGCCUUAACCAAACGUGCGUCAGUCUCUUUCCCCAUGUGGACUCAACCAAGUGCCCAACGAAUAAGCAGGGUCAAGAGUGCUCAGAGCAUGGUUUCUGUACAAACGCGAAUCGAUGCUUUUGCGAUAUGGGCUGGGGCGGCACGGACUGCAGUUCCGUGGUGCUUUUGACCACACCACUGCCAACGGAGGCAUUGCCAACGCCGGAGAAUACAAUCAAAAUGGAGAAGAAAGAAACUCCAUAUGACCCCAAUGACCAAGAUAGGAUCAGCACAUUAACCAUGGUCAUCAUUUUAACAGUUAUCGUCAAAUGUGUCUUCAUUAGUUUUGCAACACUGGCCGUUUGCUACAGACGCAAGACAACCACCCUUAAGUACGAUCCGCCCUUCUCAAAGAAGCCCAUACCUAAAGGCUACGGCGGAGCGGCAACGGCGCCCAAUCAUCAUUCCGUCGAGGAGGUAUCACUAGAUGGUUCCAGCAAACUGGUGUACGCCAAUCAGGCGGGAUUCAGGGAUAAGAAUCUACAUGGACGUCGCUAUACGACGGGUGGUGAGGAUGAUCAAUCACAUGCAGAGAAGGGUAUACUGAAGAAGCAUGGCUACGGACUUGUGCACGGUGAGCAGCUGAAGGACAAGUGGUGCGAUGACAGCCAGUCGGACAACCUCGAGCUGAUCACACAGGAUGGCACACAGGCAUCCACAAUUGGUGGCGCCGCCGCCUCGGAAGUGGAACGUACGCUCAAAUCAUUGAAUGGAUAUCACGAGGACAUUUUGGAGGCAUUGCGGAAUGCGGCCUCGCAUCGUGGAACUGGCACCGGAAAUACGCCCGUCGGCAGCGGCAGCCUCAGCGAGGAGAUGCUCCGCAAGACGCUGCAGGAUUGCAGCACUGCCCAGCUGGGUUACUCGGCCGAGCCAUCGUAUAAGCGGGCGAGUGGUUCCAAGUCGAGUUCCCGCGAGAAUAUCUGCGACAGUGGCGCAACCCAUGCCAUUUUAUUGGAUGGCAGUGGUUCCGCACUUGGCGGAUUAUCGCUCGGCGCUGAUCUGAGCGGCGUUCGGGGUAUUGGUGGCGUUGGUGGUGGUAUUGGCGGACCCAGUGGCAUGUCAAAUGCAAUUGGUCACGGUGGUGCGAUGAUGCAUCAUCAUCGAUCGCAGCAUCAAUUGCAUCAGCCAAGUGGCUUGGCUCUACAACAGCAGCCAACCGAUGAGGAUGAUGCACCAUCGACUGGCCCACUGCGUAUACGCAAUCUGGAGGAUCUGAUUAGGCAGCUGGAGCAUCAUUCGUCGCGUCACAUGAGUCCCAGUGGCUCCGAAGAUAUACGCAUGUCGGAAACGGAGGCCGAUCGACACUAUAGAUUAGAUAGUUCCGCCGCUUGUAGUGAGUCCUCGCAAGGCUCGAAUCAGCAAGCAGCUCAAUCUCAGAAAACCGCUACAAUCCACCCGUCUUACAGCAGCCGUUGUCGGCCCCGCUCUGACGAGGACACGCGCUUUGCCUAUGGCGGACGUUAUCGUCAGCCGGCUCCAGCUGGACGCCAUCCAACGCAUUCUCCGCAUACAUUCGGCCAUCAUACACACCAUUCGCACGCUCAUGGACAUGCCACACACGGCCCACACUCAUCGCACCACUCGUCCCACACGCAUCUGCACCAGGAUGACGAGGGCAUCUAUGAGAGCGCCGAUCAUCAUGAGCGCGGCGCCCUCGACACGCGACUCGAUCCUCAGGAGACGCCCGAAAGCGAAAGUGAUGACUUUAUUCAAGCUCAACAACAGUUAGCCCGGUGGGCGAGUGAGGAUGUGGUAUCCGUCGUGGUAUUGGACCAGCCGCAAUCCGGCACAAUGUCGGAUUCCCAACCAUCCAGCGGCGUCGGGCCCAUCAUGUCGGGGGCUACAACGAACAACGUUAUCCACCAUCAGCAUCCGCACCAGCACCACGGCGAUCAUCAAUCCUCCGCAGCGGCAGCGGCGGCGGCGGCCAGCAACAGUUCUAUAAUGGGUAUGGGAGUCGUCCCAAAUGGUAUAAAUGUAAGUCAGAGGGAUUAUUACCCCUCGCCACCCUCAACGGAGACGGAAAGCAGUGGAAGUGUUAUCCAACCACCUACACGCCGCACGUUGCAAUCACAAUCGGUAGACACGGCAGCCAUAAGCCAACAACAAUUGCAGCUUCAUCAGUUGCAAUUGCAUCAGCAUCAGCACCAGCAUCAGCAAUAUCAGCAUCAUCAUCAGCAGCAGCAACAGCAGCAGCAGCAGCAGCUACAGCAACAAUCAGUCGAUACCAGCAGCAGCAACAACAGUCAAUCCGGUCAAAUAAUCGAGAAUGGUUGUUACCCGGAAUAUAAGCAUUGACAGUUUAAACAUCUUUAGCUUCUGCAACUGCAACAGCAACUGCAACAGCAACUGCAACAACAAGAGCAACAAUUGCAAUUCGCUUUUGGCAACAAUCGUUUCACUAAAAUACUGAUAGAGGCAGGCAAGCAUUCAUAUUAUACAAUUCGAUUGAACUCGUUUCUAGCAGACUACGUGUACUUCAGCAUAUUCAGCUCAAAUACAUAGUUUAAUGAUACAUGCAUACCUACAUACAUACAUACAGACAUACAU